AUGACAACUAAUCUAAUACAGAUCUCCACCCGUUUUUUACCCUAUAGUUCAGCUUGUUUACCAAAACUACUAGCACUUAGAUCUGCCAGAUUACUACCAUUUUUUUUGGAUACUAAGAGAAAAUAUACGACUUUUGGAAUUAACACAUCAAGUACCCGCCAAUCCAAAUUCAAUCAAUUCAAAUUUCAACAGAAAAACUAUUAUCAUCAAAAAAUGUCAAAUUCAUACAAGACUUUAAAUUCAGACUUCUUGAAACCAGAUCUGGAUGACAGAUCGUACAGAUACAUCCAAUUGCCUAACAGCUUGAAGGCAUUACUGAUCUCUGAUCCGCAAACAGACAAGGCUGCUGCUUCCAUCGAUGUUAAUGUGGGGGCUUUUGAAGAUCCCGAAAACCUACCUGGGUUGGCCCAUUUCUGUGAGCAUUUGUUGUUCAUGGGCUCGGAGAAAUUUCCAGAUCAAAAUGAAUAUUCAAGUUAUUUGAGUAAACAUGGUGGCCAUUCAAAUGCUUACACAGCUGCCUUGAACACAAAUUAUUUCUUUGAAGUUAAUCAUGAACAUCUACAUGGUGCAUUGGACAGAUUUUCAGGUUUCUUUACUGGCCCUUUAAUGAACGCAGAUUCUACUGAAAAAGAAAUCAAUGCUGUUGACAGUGAAAAUAAAAAAAAUUUACAAAAUGAUGAUUGGAGAAGAUACCAAAUGGAUAAAACAAUCUCAAAUUACAAUCACCCAUACCAUAAGUUCUCAACUGGUAACAUCAAAACUUUAAUGGAAGAACCAACAAAGCUAGGUUUAAAUACAAGAAAUGAACUUUUGAAAUUUUAUAACAGUUCUUAUUCGGCUAAUAUUAUGAAAUUGUGCAUUUUAGGCAGACAAGAUUUGGAUACUUUAUCCAACUGGGCCACUGAAUUCUUUAAAGAUGUUAAAAACCUCAAUAAAGCUUUACCACAAUAUAACGAAAAUAUUUUAGAAGAAGAACAUUUAAAAAAAAUUAUUAAAAUUAUCCCUGUCAAGGAUUUAAAGAAAUUAGAAAUCAAUUUUGUUGUUCCUGAUAUGGAUCUUCAUUGGGAAUCUCGUCCUCACCAUGUGCUAAGCCACUUGAUAGGUCAUGAAGGCUCUGGUUCAAUUCUAAGCUAUUUGAAGAAAUUAGGAUGGGCUAACGAUUUGUCUGCUGGUGCGCACACUGUCUCAAAGGAUAAUGCGUUCUUUGGUAUCAAUGUUGAUUUAACUGAUAAAGGUUUAGAAAAUUACCAAGAAAUUGCUCUUUUAAUUUUUCAAUACAUCGAAAUGUUAAAACAUUCUCUUCCACAAGAAUGGAUAUUUUCAGAAUUACAAGAUGUAUCCAAAUCAAGCUUCAAAUUUAAACAAAAAUCGAGCCCUUCAGGAACAGUCUCCGAAUUAUCAAAGUUGUUAGAGAAAGAAUAUAUCAAUCCUGAUUUAAUUUUAAGUACAACCCUAUUAAGGAAAUACGAGCCAGAGAUGAUAAAACAGUAUGUUGAUUCGUUAACUGUUGAUAAUUCCAGAAUCACUCUGAUUUCUAAGACUGUAGAAACAGAUUCUAAAGAAAAAUGGUAUGGCACUGAAUAUCAGGUCGUUGACUAUCCAAAAUCUUUUAUAGAUCAAUUAAACCAACCUGGUUUGAAUUCUGAAUUUAAAUUACCACGUAGGAACGAAUUUGUUGCCACUAACUUUGAAGUCAAAAAACCAACAGAUGAAUUGGUUCCACUUGAUGAACCUCAUUUAAUAUUAGAUAAUGACAUUAGCAAAGUUUGGUAUAAGAAAGAUGACAGAUUUUGGCAACCUAGAGGAUAUAUCUAUGUUUCAAUGAAAUUACCUUCUUGUCAAUCCGGCAUUGUCAAUAGUUUACUGAAUGGUCUGUAUGUUGAUCAAAUCAAUGAUUACAUGAAAGAUUUACAAUACGACGCUUCUUGUGCUAAUUUAAAUUUGUCAUUUUCUAGUACUAACCAAGGUUUAGAUAUUACAAUUUCUGGUUUCAAUGAUAAGUUAUUAGUUCUUCUUUCAAGAUUCAUUGAAGGUGUAAAACUAUAUCAACCAUCAGAAGAGAGGUUUAAUAUUUUCAAAAACAAAGCUAUUCAGAAUUUAAAGAAUUCAUUGUUUGAGGUGCCAUAUUCCCAAAUGGGUACAUUAUACAAUACUAUUAUGAAUGAGAGUACAUGGCCAAUAAAAGAAAAACUAGAUGUUUUGGAGGCAUUGACAUUUGAUCAAUUUGUUUCUUUCGUACCUUCUAUUUAUAAUGAAUUUUAUUUCGAUGCACUAGUCCAUGGCAACAUUAGAUACGAGGAAGCCAUGGAGGCAAAUGAUUUGCUGAAGAGUUUGGCUUCUUUUAAAAUUCUGAAUUUACAUGUCAGGAACAGCAGAUUAAGAUCAUACAUUCUCCCAGAAGGUGAAUCAUAUAGAUACGAAAUUGAUAUGGAGGACAAAGAUAAUCUAAAUUCUUGUAUUCAACAUGUUGUGCAAUUAGGUUUAUACACAGAAGAGUUAUCUGCAUUGAGUGGUUUGUUUGCUCAAAUGAUUCGCGAGCCAUGUUUCGAUACCUUAAGAACUAAAGAACAACUGGGUUAUGUUGUUUUCAGUUCCAAUUUGAAUAAUCACGGUACCGCUAAUAUGCGUAUAUUGGUUCAAUCUGAACAUUCAACAUCAUACCUUGAAUGGAGAAUUGAUGAAUUCUAUAAAAAAUUCGGUGAAUCAUUGAAUAACAUGAGUGAAGAAGACUUCGAAAAGCAUAAAGAUGCGCUAUACAAAAGUUUGACACAAAAGUAUAAAAACAUGAGAGAAGAAAGUUCUAGAUACACAGUUUCUAUCUAUCUAGGUGAUUAUAACUAUACACAUCGCCAAAAGAAAGCUGAAUUAGUUAAAAAAUUGACUAAACAACAAAUGGUUGAUUUUUAUAACGAUAAUUUUGUCAGCAAUAAAAAAUCUCAACUUGUCAUUCAUUUGAAAUCUGUCGCCACUAAAAGCUUAAAGGAUUUGGAAGAGAAUGAAUUAGACAAUUCUGUCUAUCCUUCAGGUAAACUCAUUGAUAACAUCGACAGCUUCAAAUCUAAAAUGUUUGCGGCACCUAUCCGUCAACCAUUGAAGAAGUUCGAAGUUUACAAUCCAAAGGCGUAA